AAAUUGGAGAUACUAGUAAUUUUCAUAAAAAUUUAACAUCCCAAUUAGAUUCGAUUAUUAAUAUUAAUGAUAUCAAUAAUGCUCCAAAUGAAAACAAUGAUAUCUUAAAUGUGAAAUAUAAAGAACUUUACUCUUUUUCUUGUAAAGAAAUAGUGCAAAUGGAUGAUGCUAAUAAAAACAGUAAAGUAAUGCAAGUGGAUAACGGUGGUGAUUUUGAAGAUAAAGAUCAUGAGGAAAACGAAGAAAUAAUGCAAGAAGUUGAAGAUCACAAGGAAAGUAAAGCAAUAAUGCAAAUAGAUAAUGUUAAUAAAAACAAUAAAGUAGCACAAGUGGAUAAUGGUAGUGAUGUUGAAGGUGAAGGUCAUAAGGAAGGUGAUGGUGAAAGCAAAGAUCAUAAUAAAGGUAAUGAAAAAGGUGAUAAUGAAGAAGACGAUGAAGGUGAUAAAGAGAGUAAUGAAGGAAGUGAUAAAGAUAAGAAUGAAGAUGAGGAUAAUGAUGAUGAACGAAAUAUUAAGCGACAACGAAUUGCGACAAAAACUUCUAAAAGGGUUAAUUGUCCCUCUAUACCUACUUUCCUUCAAGAAGUAUCCCCAGAUAUUAUAAAUCAAUGUAUUAUUUUAGCAUCUAUUACACAGGAUAUUAAUUUUAACAAAAUUGAAAUUAAUCUGACAAAAAAAAUUGCAACACUUAAGAACAAUCGAGGCGAAAUUGUAUUGGAGCCAAUAAACCCUAUCGAAAUUAGGAAGUCAAUUAUAAAUAUUAAAUUUCCUAAAUUUGAAAGGGUUAGUAAAAAGCAAGUUAGCCAAGAUCCUUACUCAUAUCUUGGCUAUUUUGCUAGUUUUCAACCUACUAAAAAAAAGGAGAUAUUAACUGGAAAUAAAUUAAAGGUUUCUAAGCAAUUUCAUGAGUUAUUAGCAUUUGAAAGCGAAUUAACCAUAAUAGCACUAUUUUAUAAUAAAAAUUUAUUUAUUAAAAAAGAUGAUUAUUAUAAAAGUCUUCUUAAUUAUCUAAAGGAACUUUCUAUACUUCAUAAAACUUCAAUAGUCCAAUUUAAUCCUGCUCAGAUUAAUAGUGGAUUAGCUUUGGAAUAUGAAAAUCUUGUAUUAUCAAAUUCAGAUGAUAAUUUAAAUUUACAAGAUCAAAUUAUGCUUUUAAGGCAUAUGCCGCAAUUAUCCCAGGAUCUCAAAGUCAAUAACCUAUCAAAGAAUGAUUCAUUAGAAAAAAAAGUAGAAAUUUUUUUAAUAUUAAUGAGUACAUGCUAUCAGUCUAUUUUUGAUUGUAAUAUUACAACUUAUAAUAUUGAAGUUUCUCACAGAAUGUCACUUCGAUUCUUAUAUAAAUUUGAAAUAGCAUAUAAUUACUUAACAGACUGGAUAAAUAAAUAUACAACCCGUGAAAAAGGAACUCUGUGUGCAACUCAAGUAAGGGCUUUACUUACUGGGAAAGAAUCACUAUAUGACAUGUUUAAUAUUAAUAAAUCAGACAAUUCUUUUAAUAUUAAACAUGUUAUUGAUAAAAAUAUUUCAUCAAAAAAACCUACAACUUUUAUUACUGCAGGACCUCGCUUGCAUCAAUUACUUAAAGCACUUAAUAAUAAUUGGGUACUUUUGGAUAUAAUUGAUGAUGUUAGUAUUACAUGGUUAGAGAGUAUGAGAAAAGAUGAAUAG